AUGGCCGUUGCCCUGCAAGAUGACCCCGACCUUGCAUUAACCAAGGCCAUGCAUGGAAAGUCGGCAGAAGAGAAGAAUGCCUUCUUCGCCAUGCUCAAAAAGAACAACGCGGCCCAUCGGGAGAUCACAAACGAAUAUGUGCGGCGCUGGAGGACCGAAAAGGGCAUCGACGGCACGACUGACGAGGCCCGAAAGGAGAGAACGUCUGAGUACAUGGGUGUGGUCAACAACUACUACGACCUUGCGACUGACUUUUAUGAAGAAGCAUGGGCACAGUCAUUCCAUUUCUGUCGAUUCACUGUCGGCGAACCGUUCCUCCAGGCUUUGGCGCGCCACGAGCAUUACCUGGCAUAUAAAUUGGGCAUCAAGCGGGGAAUGGAGGUUCUGGAUGUUGGAUGUGGCGUUGGGGGUCCAGCGAGAGAGAUUGCUCGAUUCACUGGGUGCCAGGUGGUUGGAGUCAACAAUAAUGGGUAUCAGAUUGCACGCGCAACACGACAUACGCAGAAGGCAGGCCUGGAGGAUCAGGUGUCCUUUGUCAAGGGUGAUUUCAUGCAUCUUGAUUUCCCAGAUAAUACUUUCGAUGCAGUCUAUGUCAUCGAAGCCACAGUCCAUGCCCCAAGCCUUCAAAAAGUAUAUGAACAGAUCUUCCGCGUUCUCAAGCCAGGUGGCCGCUUUGGUGUAUAUGAAUGGGUCAUGACGGAUCGUUUCGAUGAAUCUAAUCCUAAGCAUCGUGCUAUUCGACUGGGGAUUGAGCGCGGCAAUGGCAUUGUUAACAUGCGUACUCAAGAUGAGGCCGCCGAAGCUAUCCAAGCAGCGGGGUUCGUUCUCGAACAUGAAGAAGACCUAGCAGCCCGGCCAGAUCCUAUUCCAUGGUACUACCCUAUUGCAGGGGAGCUGCGGCACGCACGAAGCCUCUGGGAUCUACUCACUGUUUUGCGCAUGACGAAGGUCGGACGAGGAGCGAUGGGUUACCUGCUAUGGGCGCUGGAAAGUCUGCGGCUGGCCCCAUCUGGAACAUCCGAAACAGCCACCGAGCUCGCCGGCGGUGGUGACAAUCUUGUCGAGGGUGGUAGGCUUGGCCUUUUCACCCCGAUGUAUUUCAUGAUUGGGCGGAAACCGGAUCUCUAG